AUGUCAACCGAUCGCAGGCGCCGUCGCGCCUCCUUUUCCGAGCACAUCAGCCGUGUGUUCAAAUCGGAUAAACGCGCCAGUCAUGGUGAAUUUGUCCCUCCACUCCCCUUUUUAAGUCGCGAGGCAGCCCAGCAGGCAGAGGAAUCCAAUGCGGCUCGCGUGUUGGACGAUGAGACUCCGAGCUCCGUCUCGUACUCGCCCAUGCACUCACGGUUGCCCUCCACCGGAACACCUGGGUCCAGUCUAUCAGUGCCACCCGGAGAGGAUGAGACUACUACGCAGACGACACAUUCGCUAGCGAAAGAGGUCGGAAUUGGCAAGUCUCCAGCGCUGGAAAAACCUAACAAAAAGGAGAAGCGCGUGACCCGACGGCUGGAGGCUGAGAGACGGGAACUUGAGAAGCGUUUGCUUGCCCUCGAGGAUGCCCAGAGCAAAGUGGACCUCGGUGUCCAUGACCGAACCUCGCGCCGUCUCACGAAGAAACAGCCAGUAAGCAACUCGAGCAGAUCCUCGAGCGCGAAUUCGGAGAGGCCCAAAUCUUCCGGUGGGCUGUCUGCGAUCUUCAGGCGCUCACGUCGCAGCUCAGCUUCGAGUGAUCUUGAGAACCAAUACGCUGAGUUCAGCCGGCUCCAGACAGACACCAACCCGCCAUCUUUGCCUUUGACUCUACCAGAACGAUUUGGAACGGCCAUCACCAGAGAGCUACAGUCCAAACAUGGCACGGCUCUCAACUUAUCCACCGCCAACAAGACGGCAAGGCCAACCACGAGCCGUCUACUUCAUGCCACGCCGAAGUCUGAUGAUCUCCGCGAGAAUUGGAAGAUGGCCGAAGCUUGGAAAGCACAGCAUGGAACCGAGAGGAGCUGGUCUUUGUCUAAAAAGUUGAAAGAUGGACGGUCUACAGUCGGAAACGCUCGAAAUGGGGAGGCCCUGACCAAACCAGUUCCUGAUGAGCUCGAUCGUGACUUGUUCGCGGCAGCACUCAAGCACGAUAGGAAAAGCCUUCCAACGGUAGAUCAUUCUCUCGACCGCGUGAAUCGGAACGACCGCACCAUGAGGGCUUCCAGUAUGCCAGCUUCGCAAAGCUUGGCUCAGACUUUUCCUCCGUGUCCUGCGAAAAUCGCCAUACCUCCGGAGAUAGCUGCGCCAGAGUCUCCGGACACGCCAAGCUCUGUCGCAAGAAUCUAUACACCACUGCAACUGGCGCAAUCGAACUCCACUGGAAGUCUGGCUAGGAGAAAUCGAGUGGACCCCUACCCACGAACAUACAAGUCCUCUCCUCUUGCAUUGAAUCCUGCGGAUACAAAUGACUCGAGUCCAAAGGACUCGAUGAUUCCCACGCCUUUGUCAUUGCACGAUUCCAACCAACCUCCCCCACAGCCUUCCCCACUUCCUGGCCAGUCUCAAUCUGAUGACGAGAAGAAAAGUCGAAUUCCCGUCCCAUCUUCCAACACCCCUCCCCAAACCGCAAGUCGAUUCAAGGAGGACUUCAAUGAGCCUUCUCAACCCGACCCACCCAGGCUUCCUGCCAAAAGCGAACGCCGGAGUCUUGAUAGCUGGAGAGUUCCAACUACUUCAAGUGACACACUUCGGGACAUUCCGCACUCUCCCUUCCAAGUAGGUGUCCGAUCACCAUUCCACACGGGCAACACAUCGCCCGGGGCAAGAAGUCAUCGAACAUCCAUAGACAUGUCAGACUCCCACCGCGUUUCUCAAAGAUCUCCACAACGAGCCUCGCGCAGCUCCCACGACCAGCCAAGAGGACCAGGUAUAUUCAGACCAGGCCACAGCCGCACAUCCUCGCACAACUCCGACUACGAGGGUCAUUCCAACUACGACACUGCCGACGAAGACGCGCCAGAGUCUCCCGAUUUCUCGCGUGAACCAAUGACUCUCGAGCCCAAACCAGAGAAUACAUCCAAGCCAUCCAAGCCAUCACCUACUCUCAAACCCGCUCCAAUCCUCCAGCCAACCCCAGUCCUUCAACCCCCACCCGUCCACAGAGCUACCCUCAUCACCAAACCAACCCUUCCCAUCAAGCCACUUACCAGCCCAACCCACAUCCCCAAACCCGCCGAACAAUCCCCCAAAACCGAACCCCCCACCAACCAACCCAUGCAACCAGACCUCCCAGAACCCCGCGGCCCAAUGAGCCUCCUAAAGCGCCGAUCCCAAAGAUCCAAACCCCGCCAACUCGCCAAAAUCUUCGUCAUCUGCUGCCGCUGCAAAUACUGGCACGAUCUCCCCUCCGAAGUCUACGCGCGCCUAGCCUACCCAGAACGAACAGACGAGCCCAAGCUCAACGGGCGUAAGAAAAAUGAUCGAAAGCCUGCCUCCCGCAUGUCCCUACAGUCCGCUGUUCCUGCUGCGCACGCCGUUCAGGGAAUGGAUCUACGGCCUGCGCCGCUGCUUCCGAGGAAGGUUUCUUGUUGUUGGUGUGGUCAUAAUAUGAGUCGGUCUUGUUGUGAGGGGUGGACUGCUAUUGUGGAAAUGCGGGAGAGACAUCAUUGA